AUGAAAGACUGGGGAAAGUUAGUAACAAUCCCCCAAAAAGUAAUUACAUUUACUGGCAAGUUAGCAGACUCUUCACAUAGAAUAAUAUGCAAGAAUAAUGAAACAGCUGUAUUUGGAGAAAACGUGACGAUUUUUUGCAACUUAACAACUCCAGCAGAUGUUGUGCAAAUUACAUGGCAGAAGAUACUGGGUUCUUCACCACAAAAUAUUGGCACAUAUAGCAGUACGUAUGGAGAAAGGAUUCUUCCACCAUACAGAGAUCGGCUGCACUGUGAGGUCAUCGAACCCAGCUCCUCAUUCAUAACUAUCCGUGAAGUAACAUUUGAAGAUGAAGCCUGCUACAAAUGUCUAUUUAAUGUGUUUCCGCAUGGCAGCCGUAGUGGACAAAUCUGCCUUAACAUUAUAGCUGUAUCUGAAAUAAAAACUGAACUCCAGUCCAAUCUUGACUCUGAAGAUUCUCUUAGAUUUAUUUACUCAGCUGUGGGAAAGCCUGUUCCUCAGAUAUCUCUUUUCCCAUCAAAAGUCUUGAUUAAUCCACCAGAAGAAUACCUUGCUCAGAACCCAAAUGGCACGGUGACUAUCACUAAAACAUACAACGUCUCCUUGGAGACUGUGAGGUCCCUAAGUCUCCAACACCUGAUUGUGCACAUGGAUCAUCCUUUAAAGAAUGAAGAGAAGAUAGUUCCUCUGUCAGUCAAACAAGAAUACUGGAAACCCCGCGGGGCCGGCUCCUGCUCGUGGGCGUGGCUGCGGGGGCCGCUGCGGGGGCCAGGAUUGCAGCGGCAGCUCGGUGUCUGGGCGGGGACCCGCCCGCCUCCUCUGGCCGCCGGGCUGCAGGCCCACGGCCUGCUGCGGUGA